AUGGAACCAUGGAAUCAGACAGCUGUCAUGCACUUCUUCCUCCUGGGGCUCUCCGAAGAUCCAGAACUGCAGCCCGUCCUCUUUGGGCUGUUCCUGUCCAUGUACCUUGUCACUGUGCUUGGGAACCUGCUCAUUAUCCUGACCGUCAGCUCUGACUCCCACCUGCACACCCCCAUGUACUUCUUCCUCGCCAAUCUGUCCUUGGCUGACAUCGGGUUCAGCUCCACCAUCGUCCCCAAGAUGAUCGCGGACAUCCCAUCUCACAGCAGAGUCAUCUCCUACGCAGGCUGUCUGACUCAGGUGUCCUUUUUUGCGUUUUUUGGCUGUUUAGACAGCAUGCUCCUCGCUGAGAUGGCCUAUGAUCGGUUUGUGGCCAUCUGCUAUCCUCUGCACUACCAGGUCAUCAUGAACCCCCGUGUCUGUGGCUUGCUGCUCCUCGUGGCUUUGCUGAGCAGUGUUCUGGAUUCCCAGCUACACUGUGUAAUAAUGUCACAACUGACCUUCUGCACAAAUGUGGAGAUUCCUCAUUUCUUCUGUGAACCUCCACAGCUCCUCAAACUCGCCUGCAAUAAUAGCUCCACCUCUAACAUAAUUAUGUAUUUUUUAACCGUCAUCUUUGGUAGUGUUCCAGUCUCGGGGAUUGUUUUCUCUUAUACUAGAAUUGUUUCCACAAUUUUGAAAGUCUCAUCGAUAGGUGGGAGGUAUAAAGCCUUUUCCACCUGUGUCUCUCACCUGUCAGUUGUUUGCUUAUUUUACGGAACAAGCAUAGAUGUAUACCUCAGUUCAGCUCUCUCACAGUCUCCCAAGAAGGGUAUGGUGACCUCAGUGGUGUACACUGCAAUCACCCCCAUGCUGAACCCCUUUAUCUACAGCCUAAGGAAUAGGGACAUCAAGUGGGCUCUGCAGAGGCUACUCAAUAGAGCAGCCUAA